AUGUAUUUAAUUGAUACACUCUGCGUACAAAUUAAUUUUACUGCAAUUUUACGUUUGACUCUAAUCGGACGUCUGCUGAUGAGAUGUAGUCCAACACCAGCUUUGCGUAUCUUCGUCGCUUACGCUCGAACAUCAAGCUACGAAGAAGAAGUCAAACCUUUCUAUAUGGACCUAGAGAAAUUCUACCGAGAUGGUCAUGCCUUCUACAAGGCGAUCUUCUUUGGCGAUUUCAACGCUGAAAUUGGCCCAAGAAGAACGCCUAAGGAACUUCUCAUAGGGACCCACAGUCUACAAUGGAAUGAACAGGGAGAGAGGCUCUCCGAGUUCAUCAUGACGACUAAGACCAUCCAUGGAAGCUCGCAAUUCCAGAAGUCCUCCUCUCUACUUUGGACGUGGGAGUCAUCCGGUGGAUGGUACCGUAAUUAA